AUGUGGUUUAAGAUUUUAUUAAUAUGUAUUUUUUGUUUUACAAGAUCUCUUACAACCUCCUUCGAUCUAGGCGGUGUGAUAUCCGGCAAUAGAAUGGCUGGCGUUCCACUUGGACGUUCGCUCGGUCAUGGAGAGGUGGACGUAGAGGGGAUAUGCACUGGUCCAGGCAUGGCUUGUCAGAACUGCACCCAUGCUGUGACAUGUAUACCUCUGCCAAUCGGAUGGUUGAAAGUUCCUCUACAACAAUGUCCUGGCGACCAGACCUGCAAUGCCCAUCUGGGUCAAUGCUCAACUACAGCUGUCCCCGAAUGUGAUGUAGCCAGUCAGAAGUAUGACCAUACUUGUGAACAGGUUGGCAUAUUCCCUGAUGCGUACGACUGCAGGAAGUUCCAUCUGUGCUCACCACCAAAAGGCCUACCGGACGGAGCACCAGCAGACCACACAGUUGCUUUAUGCCCGAGGCAUUAUGGCUACAAUCCACAGACUGCUCAAUGCUCGAUACUUCUGCCAAAUGGACAAUGCACCCACCGUCCUGUUCCCGACUGCCAAAGAGUAGGACAUUCUGCCGUGUUGGAAGCCAGCUCGAACCAUUAUUUCGUGUGUCUAUCGAAGCGCGGUGUGCUAACGCCACAAAUAUUCAUUUGCCCCCACGGAUGGCAUUUUGCGAACAGCUUCUGUCGGCCCUUCAUGAUUGACUCGACUACCACGUACAGAUACACAACAACAGAAAUGGAGACAACGACAGAAAGUACCACAGAACAUCCGACUACAACAACAAUAUCUAGAAUGGACCAGUUCUUUUCCACGGAUAAGCCAGUGACAUAUGCAGCUGACACAUUCUUGGCGGACAAAUUUGAUUUGUCUAAUUAUGAAACAUUUGACGAGACACCGAGUGCGAAUGAUUUUCCUAAUUCCUUUGAGGAUAAUUAUGGAAGAGAAAUAUGGGAAUAG